UCGCUCUUGCCACUCACCAUUUACCUGUCGUCGUGCACUGUUCCAAUCCGACCGUGUCCGCAGCGGAUGAAACUGAAUCUUGAGGCGCCGCAUUUCGUUGCGUGCCGCCUGCCUGCCUACGUGCCUGUGUCAGUGCUAGUGCCUGUGCCUCUGUUUGUGUGAGUGAAGUGAGCGCAAAAAAGAAGAAGAAGGCGAAAGAUAACAGCAAAAGCAAAGCCAAAAGAGCCACACAGUGAACGAUCGAAAGAAAAUAAAGCAGAGAGAAAAGUGUUGUUGUGGAAUAACCAAAAAAAAAAAGGAAAAAGGAAAAAGAAAAAACGAAAACCAAACAAAAAGCAAAAAUUAAAGAGAAAAAAAGCGAAAUUAAAUGGAAAUUCAAUGAGGAAGCUGCAAAAACUGCCAAAUAAACAAAAAGGAAGGAGAAGCGUUGCAUAAAUGAGCACCCAAAGGGAGUUACCUGUAUAAUCAUCAAAAAGACUUUCCAGCGCCACUCUAGAAAGCUAUCAAGCAGAUCCAAACCAUGUCGCACAAGACGAGCACACGACGCGCCACCGAACUGGAGUGUCCGCUGGCCUCCCUGGGCAGGAAUAGCAAUGCCGUGCGCGAUCAGCUGGCGGCUGCACACUAUCACCAUCCGCAUCCACUCAGCUCCAGUCCGCUGGAUCCACAAGCCUACAAAAUGUCGCGCAAGUCACCGAACCUGAGUCUGGACACCAAUGAUCCACUGGCAUCGCGCAGCUCCACGCCGCACAGUGAACAGCAGGCCACAGCUACGACGGCGGCUGCCGUGCUCCACAUGGUGCAACAGAAGGCGGCCACCUUUGAGCUGAGGGGCAGGCACACGCGCCAGGAGCAGAGCAUCUACGGGGCCGCCCACUCAACAGCCUCUGUGGGUAGACAGGUCAAGAAAUCGCCCGACGUGCCGGCUCCUGCCACAAGAGGCACUGCACCCGUGCCACAGCCGCGCAAUUUUCUCACACUGGAGCAUGUCCUGCAGUAUGGAGCCCAAAGGCCGAGCUGGUUGCAUGGCAACAGUGCGGAUACCGAGGACUCCAGCGACAAUAAUGUGGGUGGCGGCGGCGGCGGAGGAAGUGGCAGUGGUGGAGGAGGAGGCGGCGUCGGUGGCAGGCGACGCACGCAAGGCGGACGUUGCAGUGUGCCCACAGUGCUGAGCAGCAACGGCGGCAGCAACGGGGCCCAGUAUCUGCUGGACAAGAAGAUGGAGUCGCUGUAUCUGGGGAAUGCGCUGCGAGCCCUGCCCCUGGGGGCCGAGGCGAGUCAGUACCAAAACGAACGCUACUACCUGGAGGACUACAGCAGCGGCAGCGGCAAUGAGCGGCUGCCAGAUCGCCUACAUCAUCCGCGCACCUCCAGUCCCAGCGAGACGAGUGGCUCGGAUCGAUACCUGCUGAACCGCAGCACCAACUCGCCCGCCAAUGCCUUCCAGCUGGACCACCACCACACCAAAGUGCAGAGCCUCUCCGACGGCCUGUGCAAUCUGGGACGCUUCUCGCCCAGCCUCGACCAGGGCUAUGCCACGCUCGUCUCACCCUCACCCACCGGCCACCACUCGAGCGGAGCGGGCAAUGUCACCACCUCCACGACCACCAGCGGCGGAGGUGGCAUUAUGGUCAGUAGUACACCCACCACAACACCACGUCGUGGGGCAUCCAGUGGAGGAGCAGGAGGAGGAGGAGGAGGAGUAGGAGGCGGCGGGACUGUGCCAGGAACAGCCAUCGGUCCGCCGCCCUGGAACCGCAAGGGUCCCUUCCGCUGUGGCCCAUACUUUGAUCGCCUGCCCGACGAGGCGGUUGUCCGCAUCUUUAGCUGGCUGGACAGCUGCGAGCUGUGCAGUGUGGCGCGUGUCUGUCGCAGAUUCGAGCAGGUGGCCUGGCGUCCCGUGCUCUGGAAGUGCAUCACACUGCGGGGCGAGCACCUGAAUGGCGACAAGACCCUGAAGAUGAUCUUCCGCCAGCUGUGUGGCCAGAGCUGCAAUGGCGCCUGCCCGGAAGUGGAGCGCGUGAUGCUAGCCGAUGGAUGCCGCAUCUCGGACAAGGGCCUUCAGUUGCUGACACGACGCUGCCCGGAGCUGACGCACCUGCAGCUGCAGACCUGCGUGGGCGUCUCCAAUCAGGCUCUGGUCGAGGCGUUGACAAAGUGUAGCAAUCUGCAGCAUUUAGAUGUGACAGGCUGCAGUCAGGUGAGCAGCAUCAGUCCCAAUCCACAUGUGGAGCCACCGCGUCGCCUGCUGUUGCAAUAUCUGGAUCUGACCGACUGCAUGGCCAUCGAUGACAUGGGUCUGAAGAUUGUCGUCAAAAACUGUCCCCAGCUGGUGUACCUUUAUCUGAGACGCUGCAUACAAAUCACGGAUGCGGGUCUGAAGUUUGUGCCCAGCUUUUGUGUCUCGCUGAAGGAGCUGAGCGUCUCCGAUUGCCUCAACAUCACCGACUUUGGCCUCUACGAGCUGGCCAAGCUGGGUGCCGCUCUCCGCUAUCUGUCUGUGGCCAAAUGCGAACGCGUCUCCGAUGCUGGCCUGAAGGUGAUUGCCCGACGCUGCUAUAAGUUGCGCUACCUGAAUGCCCGCGGCUGUGAGGCCGUCAGCGAUGACUCCAUCACCGUUCUGGCCCGAUCCUGUCCGCGCCUGCGUGCCCUGGACAUUGGCAAGUGCGAUGUGAGCGAUGCCGGACUGCGUGCGCUGGCCGAGAGCUGUCCCAACCUCAAGAAGCUGAGCCUGCGCAAUUGUGAUAUGAUUACGGAUCGGGGCGUACAGUGCAUUGCCUACUACUGCCGCGGGCUCCAGCAGCUGAACAUUCAGGACUGUCAGAUAUCCAUCGAGGGCUAUCGGGCGGUGAAGAAGUACUGCAAACGAUGCAUCAUAGAGCAUACCAAUCCGGGGUUCUGUUGAGCAGCAGCAGCAGCACGAAGGAGCAGUGUGAACGGUUCGCAAAUACAAAGCAAAGCAAAGCAAAGAGGCAGGCCAUAAAUGAGCAAAGAUUGUUGAGAACAACAACUGCACACAAAUAGUUCUGUUAGCCGGGCAACGAUAAAUCGUAGCCAAGAAGCAGUUUUAGUUCAAUGAUCAUCCCGGAAUCCCGAACCGGUGGAAUGCCCGAUCAAUGAUCAAUGAUUUUAGUUGUUAUUGUAAAUUGUAUAUACCGAAACGGAAGCUGAAACAGGAUUUUAGAGCAUAUUUUCUAUAAGUAGACUAAUUCUUGCUUAAUAAAUUAUUUGCCCCGAUCAAGAUAGUGAUACAUAUCGGGCAUUAGAUCGGUCAAUUUGAGCAGAAUACUUCGGGG